AUUAUGAAUGUGACAGAUAUGUACAACCUAUCAGAGAUGAUAUAUCAAUAUAAUAUGUCACAGAAAUUACAUCAAUGAUGAAUGUGACAGAUAUGUACAAUACAUCAGAGACAUCUACUAAUGUGUAUGAGAUUCCCACCUCCUACUACAUUUACACUGUGGUCAGUGUCAUAAUAUUGUUGCUUAUAUGUGUUGGAAAUGGGCUCACAAUUUUCAUCAUUUUGAAAUAUACGGAACUUCAACGGGACACAUCAUUCCUUAUGAUGAGCUUAGCAGUUGCUGAUCUCAUCGUGGGGUUGGUGACGUCAUUUAGCAUCGCAGAUUAUUAUGUCUGGGGUAAUUUCCCAACAUGCCUAGCAAGAUAUGUAUUGUUUACAUUAUGCUCCCAAGCCUCAGUGAUAACACUAGUUUGUAUCGCUAUUGAUAGAUUUGUCGCAGUUUCUUACCCGCUACAUUACACAACAACCAUCACCAGGAUGAGGCUUUGUAUCAUGAUCACAGUUACCUGGAGCAUUAGUGUUUUGACAAGUAUAAUUUUAGUGUGGUGGCAUAAACCCUUGCAGGAACUUGAAUGCUACUUCUAUAAAAUUGUCCCAAUGUAUUUUCUCUCUGGUGUUGCUGGUGGAUUUUUCAUUGUUGCUACAGCAACAAUUGUUGGAUUAUACGCUGCAAUAUUCGCCCAAGCUCAAAAGCAAGCGAACAAAAUAAGAAUGCUUGAAGUAACCAUGAACCCUGGCGGUAAGCCAGUAGACAAUAGAGCAAAUAUCAAAUCAGCUAAAGUUCUUGGAAUCAUUGUUGGGAUUUAUCUGUUUUGCUGGGCUCCUUUAUUUAUUGUGGGUUUUUGCAACACCCCUCUUCCAAAUCAGACUGAAACAGUUGGUGUAUUAUUUACUGUAUCUGGAUUAUUAGCUAGUUUGAACAGUGUGGUGAAUCCAUUUAUAUAUGGCUGGAAAAACAAACAAUUCCGAAAGGCUUAUAAGAAAGUAUUAUGUGGUUAAGACAAUAAUAGUGAAACUAUAUUUAGAUAACUAUAUAUAGAUAGAGUGAUUUAGAUCGCAAUAAGGUAAGAUUAUUUCUGAGUUUUAAAUAAUUGUCCCACCCUCGAUGCAUUG